AACCUAAAUAAACAAACCUGAAUCCUUAAAUCCCAACCCUAAAUCUCUCUCAACUCUCAAGUCUACUGCCGCCCUCCCCUCCCCCAUUCGGCCUCUCCGUCACUCCUCUGGUACAGCCGUGCGCCUCCCGCCGAUCGUCCCUCUGCUCCACUCUGUCAACGUUGCUUCUGCGUCUGGUGGUCUGCUUGCUUCUUUGCUCUUCUCCGCCACUUCCUCUGCUCUAGUCUUGCCGUCCGGUGCUGCUCCUCGCCACUUCCUUAGCUCCAGUCUUGCCGUCCGAUGCUCCACUCUAUCUCGCUGCUUCUCCUCCGUCGCUUUUACUCAUCGGACUCGCCCAUUAAGUCGACCACUGGUCAUUUCUUCGCGUCUCAACUCAAAACACUCAGAUGCUGAUGGCUCCGUUUCUACUGACAAAGGCGACGAGUUCAACUAGUACGAGAUGCCUGAAGGAUUUGGCGCGGCGCAGAGGAGGAAGAAGGGGUCGCCUGUGUUCGUCUUGAUGCCGGUGGAUGCGGUGGACGAGGAAGGGAAAGUGCGGAGAAAGAAGAUCAUGAUGCACUCCCUCAGAGCGCUGGCACUGGCCGAGGUCGAGGGCGUGGUCAUUGAGGUGUGGUGGGGACUGGUAGAGAGAGACCAGCCUGGGGCUUACAACUGGCAACCUUAUUUGGAGCUUGUGCAGAUGGCGGUGAAGAGCGGCUUGAAGGUGAGAGUUGUCCUGGCCUUUCAUGAGAGCGGAAGAGGGCCUGGAGAUCCCAACAGGAUUUCACUCCCCAAUUGGGUGCUUAAUGAGAUUGACAAAGAUCCAGAUUUAGCUUACUGUGAUAGAUUUAGGCUUGUGCAGACACACUUAUCUUUGUGGGUGUCUUUGAAUUUCACGGGUUUACAGGACUUCCAGUUGGUUCAAGGCCUGUAAGGUACUAAACCUAGAGAAUAUGGACAAAACCAGGCAUUGGAAAAUCGUGGGCUGUAGCGCAUACACAGGGGAGGGGCUGCUUGAGGGAUUUGAUUGGUUGGUUCAGCACAUGAUGAUACCUUAGGAUCUAGUCAACAUUAAGCAAUAGAGUUAGGGUUUUUUUUAUUGGCCCUCUCAGAGAACUGAUUAAGGUCCAUUUGUAUUGUUUUAUUAACUAUCUUAUUGUUGUAGAAUUUAGUCAAGCUGUGAAUUCGACAAAAAAAAAAGUCAAGCUGUGAAACUUUUUGAAUCAAUAGUAUUAUUCAAACUUUCAAUGGGAA